AGUUCUUCUGGAUUUAGUCUGUCUCAGUUUUUCUAUUUUCCCUGUAUUUUCAUGUAAUCUCAGAUGGACUUGAUGAUGGUGAGAUCAGAUCUCCAUGUGGAACAUACCGGCUGUUGUCAGAUCCCUCGUGCAUAGAAAAAUCUCACUAGAUUACAACAAUUAAUGGCAAAAAGAAUGUUUGUAAAUGUGAACUGAUAUAUCCUAUUGCCACAUUACAGCAAAAGAUGUGGUUGUGCUUUUAUACUGUUGGACAUAUUACGGAAACAGAAAGUGUCCGGGUUCACGCCUCUAAAUCUCCGAUCAACAGCGCUUGGAAACACCGCAAAUACAUUCGGAUCGAUCGACGGAUUUGUCCCUCAUUCAACUAGUCUAAAGAUUAAAAAGAGACCAACUAAACAAUCGUAGAAAUCAAAUCGCGAUAUUGUGGUGAUUUUCUUCAGUGAAAUGGCAGAAGCCAGUAUUUCAGUGGAUCAGGAUCAGUUCAGCUGUCCAGUAUGUCUGGAUCUCCUGAAAGAUCCAGUGACGAUUCCCUGUGGACACAGUUACUGUAUGAGCUGCAUCACUGACUGCUGGAAUCAGGAGGAUCAGAAGAGAAUCUACAGAUGUCCAUUAUGCAAACAGACCUUCACACCAAGACCAGUUUUAUGUAAGAAUGUGGUGAUUGCUGAGAUGGUGGAGAAACUGAAGAAGACGAGACUCCAAUCUGCUGCUCCUGCAGUUCCUCACACUGGAUCUGGAGAUGUUCAGUGUGAUUCCUGCACUGGAAGAAAACAGAAAGCAGUGAAGUCGUGUCUGGAGUGUCGAAGCUCUUACUGUCAAAAUCACCUUGAACAGCAUGAGAAUCUCUUCAGUAAAAGACACAAUCUGAUGGACGCUACUGGACGACUGCAGGACAUGAUCUGCCCUCAACAUGGUAAAAUGCUGGAAAUUUACUGCCGUACUGACCAGCGGUGUAUCUGUGUGCUGUGUUUGGUGGAUGAACACAAAGAUCAUGACACUGUAUCAACUGCAGCAGCGAGGAAAGAGAAACAGAGACAUUUUGAGGAGAAACAGAGAAACAUCGAGCAGAGAGAGAAAGAUCUUCAGCAGCUGAGAGAGGCUGUGGCGUCUCAUAAGCGCUCUGCACAGACCGCAGUGGAGGACAGUGAGAGGAUCUUCACUGAGCUCAUCCGCUCCAUUGAGAGACGUCGCUCUGAGGUGAUUCAGCUGAUCAGAGAUCAGGAACGAGCUGCAGUGAAUCGAGCUGAAGAACGACUGGAGCGACUGGAGCAGGAGAUCAAUGAUCUGAGGAGGAGAGACGCUGAGAUGAAGCAGCUUUCACAAACACAGGAUCAUGUUCAUUUCCUUCAGAGUUUGUCGUCUGUCUCUCUCUCUGGAUCUACAGACGGCUUCACUGUCAGUUCUCAUCUGUCCUUUGAUGAAGUAGUGAAAUCUGUCUCUCAGCUCAGAGACAAACUGCAGCAGUUCUGCAGCGAGGAGACAGAAAAGAUUUCUUCUACAGGUACAAUUCUAGCUGUCCAGGUCAUUCUGGCUCCUGAAUAUCAGACCAGAGAGGAGUUUCUACAGUAUUCCCAUCUGUUGACUCUGGAUCCAAACUCAGUGAAUAAUUGGCUCCAUCUGUCUGACGGAAACAAAACGAUCACUGUCGCCGACAAAAAACAACAGUAUCCUGAUCAUUCAGACAGAUUUGAUUAUUGGAUGGAGGCGUUGUGUAGAGAGAGUGUGACUGGACGCUGUUACUGGGAGGUGGAGUGGAGUGGAGAUAUAGGAGUGGGUAUAGCAGUGACAUAUAAGAGCAUCAGGAGGAAGGGAAAUAGUAAAGAGAAUUUACCUGGACGUAAUAAUCAGUCCUGGAGACUGAGUUGCACUCCUGACUAUUGCUAUUUCUGUCACAAUAACAUUGAGACUGAACUCCCUGUAGUGUCCAGCAGUUUAAUAGGAGUGUAUGUGGAUCACAGCGCAGGGAUUUUGUCCUUCUACAGCGUCUCAGACACAAUGAGCCUCAUCCACAGAGUCCAGACCACAUUCACUCAGCCGCUCUAUCCCAUGUUUAGAUUAAAUAUUCACUCGAUGGUGAAACUGUGUCCUCUGACUAAUUAAAUAUAGAGAUUUUGUUUACAAGUUCUUGUUCGUGAGCUUCUAGCUAAAAUUACAAUGUAUAUGUGCCCUAACUCUCAUUAACUCUAAGCCAAUAAAGAUUUAUGUUUUUGGGAGUGAUAACUGAUUUAUAAUUCUUGUUCAAAGGACAUAAAACAAAGCAUUGAAGUAUAACAUGGUUAUAAUUUGUUUUGCUAAUGAUGACAGGCAUACAUGACUGCGUAUGAUGUGUUUUUAUCAGAUUUCCAUCCAUUGUCUUUGAAUCCAAACACAGUGCAUCAACAUUUCCAUCUGUCCAAGGGCAACACCGUGAUCACUCACACCGGCACAAAUUACAGAUAUCCUGACCAUCAGGAGUCAGGACUGGUUUGAUCAUGCUCAGGCAUUGUGUUGGGAGAGUAUCAGUGGACGCUGUUACUGGGAGGUCGAGUACAGCGGCAGUGAGGGUGUCCAUAAAACAUUGGCAUAUAAGAGCAUCAAAAGGAAGGAAAUGAGAAAUUAUAGUAGAUUUGGAUAUAAUAAUCAGUCCUGGAGAUUGUACUGUUCUAACUCCAGAUGCUCAUUCAGACAGAUUAUCAUACGGACUGAACUCCCUGUAGUGCCCAGCUGUACUACAGAGUUUUAGCAAAUUAAUCAUUUAAUGUUUGUAAUGUAUGAGUAGAAAC